AGUCCCACAUUCAGGAGGUGGGGGGAGGGGCCUGCGCUGCAUUUGCACCCAUGAUUGGCCCGCGAUAUUAAAAUUUACUGCUUUAUCUCCGCGGGUUCGAGGAGCAGGUCUGGCGUUAUAAAUAGGGCCACCAGUCGCGGUGAUGAAAAUGAGCACAGAUCCGCUUCAUGAUCUAUGUGAGAAGGAUGCUGCAACAAGCUUUACGAGUGUCCGGCCGGAGCAUCUUCCCACUGCUCAAGUGGAUGGAGAGGUGGGCUGAGGCCGCAUCAGCAGCCGGCCCGGAGGGGACCAAGACGGCACUGAGGACCCUGGACGAGAUGCCCGGACCGUCGGUAGCCAGCUUCGCGUGGGACUUGUUCGCCAAACGGGGGCUGUCACGGCUGCACGAGUUACAGCUGGAAGGAGUAAAGCGAUAUGGGUCCAUGUGGAAGGCGAGCUUCGGUCCUAUCUUGACAGUUCACGUGGCCGAUCCAGCGCUCAUUGAGCAGGUACUGAGGCAGGAGGGCCAGCACCCCAUGCGCUCUGACCUCUCCUCCUGGAAGGACUACAGGGAUCUCAGAGGACAUCACUAUGGGCUCCUGACAUCUGAGGGGGAGGAGUGGCAGUCGGUGAGAAGUCUCCUGGGGAAGCACAUGUUGAGGCCGAAGGCAGUCGAGGCUUACGAUAAAGCCCUGAACAAUGUGGUCGAUGACCUGAUAGCCAAGCUUCGCCACAGCAGACAUUCCCAAGGCCUCGUCACAGACAUCGCCAGCGAGUUCUAUCGCUUUGGGCUCGAGGGCAUUUCUUCAGUGUUGUUUGAAUCCAGAAUUGGUUGCCUGGAUCAGGUUGUUCCUGAAGAGACAGAACGUUUCAUCCAGUCCAUCAACACCAUGUUUGUAAUGACACUUCUAACCAUGGCCAUGCCAAGUUGGUUGCACCAGCUGUUUCCUAAACCCUGGAACAUCUUCUGUCAGUGCUGGGACUACAUGUUUGACUUCGCGAAAGGUCACAUUGACCAGCGCUUGACGACUGAAGCUGAGAAAGUCGCCCGCGGGGAGAAGGUUGAGGGCCGUUAUCUCACCUACUUCCUGUCGCAGACCGGGCUGCCCAUGAAGACCGUCUACAGCAACGUCACAGAGCUGCUUCUUGCAGGAGUCGACACAAUCUCUGCCACUAUGUCCUGGUCAUUGUACGAACUGUCCCGCCACCCUGAGGUGCAGACCUCGCUCCGUGAAGAGGUGCUGAGCAUAAUGGAUGGUCGAAGCGUACCGGAGGCAGCAGAUGUGGCGCACAUGCCUCUCCUGAAGGCCACAGUCAAAGAAGUGCUCAGGUUGUACCCUGUUAUUCCUGCCAACGCAAGAGUCAUUACAGAGAGAGACGUCCAGGUCGGAGGAUACCUCCUCCCUAAAAACACUCUGAUUACCCUGUGCCAAUUUGCAACAUCACGGGACCCAGCAGUGUUUCCAAAUCCCAAUGAAUUCCAGCCCCAUCGAUGGUUGAACAAAGACGAGACUCAUCACGCGUACGCCUCCAUACCCUUUGGGGUGGGAAAGCGCAGCUGCAUAGGUCGUCGUAUUGCUGAGCUGGAGCUCUAUCUUGCUCUUGCCAGGAUCCUCAUGGAGUUUGACGUGAGGCCAGACCCAGAAGGGAUUUCUGUGAAGCCGAUGACACGGACGCUCCUAGUCCCUGAAAAUGUCAUUAACCUCCAGUUUAUUGAACGAUGACCCGCUCUCCACUCCUGUUUUGUGAACUAGAACUCGGGUCUCUCCUCAGUCGAGAGCAUUAGUAGACAGAGUUAUCACGGGAAUCAUUAGAGCGGACCUUCAACCUUCGACACAGCAAAGACCAAAGCCCUACUUGUCAGCUGGUGUGUGGAGGCUGACAUACGGAGAAGGACAACUGAAUGAAGGAUGAGCAGUGACAGCUCAUAACUGAUCAAAUCACCAUCAAGCACUUAUUUGCACAGAGGCUAAGAGCAAGCCGGUAAUCUCCUUCAGCACAAACUUCAGAGUUUUAUCAGACCACGUUGUAUUUUUACAAAAUGCCGGUGCUUGAAUCUGGUAUCCUCUUCUUAAAUAUGAUUAUGAGCUCUGAUCUCAGAAAUUUCCUGUAUGUUUCAGUUGUGUUUUAAGCCUUAAAUGAUCCAGGAGUAGAGACUGGCACUUGAACACACUAUCUCUGUUUUUUAUUGAGCUACUGUGAGAGCUACUUUCGUAUACACGCAAUGUUCGACACAUUGAUCACAGUGACUUUCAUGAGGUGCUUAUGAAAAACUUUCAGUGACAUGUUCCAUUGAGAAAUGGCAGCUGCUGAAAUUAUUCCUGUGUAGGAAUACAUGGUGCCACUGUCCCAAAUGUAGACUCUGUAAGUCUGUGUACUGUCUUCAAAGUGUGAAUGCGUGCUACAAUUCAAGAAUGCAACACAAUGCAAGUAUCUGUUUUUGUUGUUUGUUUUUUUCUACAAGUGAUGUGCCACCAUUUUAUAAUGUAACAAGCUUCAGUAUCUGAACUCUGUAUUUAUUCUAAUUAAAUUAAAACACAUUUUGAAACUGUUACUGUAAAUGUCAAUAAAGCUGUCCAAUUGGACUUUGGUUGUGUCAGGUACAGACAGACAACUGG